AUUGGAAAAAGUUUUUGAUAACUCGGUGUGGGAGAAACAACGAAAAAAGCUUUCAAAGUAAAAAACAAAAUGCGACACUUUUUAGUCGUAUUUGAAGGUAUAUAACCUACUACAAAAUUAGCCAACAAGUUAUAAUUUUAGAUUUUGUUAUUAGUUUUACAAAAACGACAAUAUUUUCUACGAUUUAUUGUACCACAGUUCCAACUUUCAUUCAUACAGUAGUCGUGGCGCCAAAAAUAUUCCAGAUUCAUCAAAAGUAACAAUAGAUCGCUAUCAUUUUUCAAUAGGGAAACCUGUUAAGUAACUUCCGUUUUCAAGUGUCGAAAUGUUUUAUUAACGAAAAUCAGAAAUUCAGAUUAUUCCAGUAAAGCGUCUUCCUGUGUUUUAGAAUAUGCCAUUGUAAAUAUAAUAAUCAGUGGGUUUCCUUAUGAAAAAAUAUUGAUAUUCUUAUUAAGUACCACCAUAAGUAAUUUCCAUCAUACGUAAGAACAAAAAUUACAGGCAUUAGCAAGAAGAGAACUGCAUGCGAUUAAAAACUCUUCAUCGCUUUCGACAUACAUACAUAUGUAUAGUCAUGUGAUCUACACAUUCGAAUAAUGGUAACUGUUACUAAUAAUUAUAGUAAAUCGUACGAAGACAGGAAGCCUGCUCGUUGUAAUAAUGGACUUGUAAGCAAUAUUAACAAGGUCAUAUGGUUAAUUCGUGAUAGAUUUUGUAACGUGUGCUUAGCAACGAUUGUUUGCAAAUUAUUGUCGAAUGGUCAUUGUUGUACAAUAUACAUGCAUACAUGCGUACAAACAGCUCGCGAUAAUCCAAUCUGAGCAAACAGACCCGUUAUGUCAUGAACAACAGUUUUCCAAACAGGAAAAUGUCGUGUUGUCUCGAGUAUGGCGAAGAUAAGGUACCUUAUAUUAAAAUUAAUGAUUACGCGUUGAGGUUGGAUCUUGAAGAGCUUGACGAUGAAUUCAAAGAUAAAGCCGAGAAGGAAUUGAGAGAAACGCCGGAAGUGGUGGAGGAUGCUCUCGAACAACUAAAGAAGAUGCUGCAAGAUGAAAAAGAAAAGGGUCUAUUCAUACCUUUCGAAGAUGACAAUUUUUUAGUUAAAUUUCUAAGACCUUGCAAAUUUUACCCCGACAGUACGUUAAAAUUGAUCCAAAAGCACUAUAAGUUUCGUACGAAAAAUCCAAAAUAUUGUACAGAUUUACUACCCGAUAAAGUUGCUCAUGUUUUCAAAGAUAAUGUUAUCCAAUUUUUACCAACAAGAACACAACAAGGAUCAAGGAUAAUGGUGAUAAACGCAGGAGAAAAAUGGAAAGUUAAAAACGUUACGUUACAGGACUUAUUUAGGUCAGUGAUGAUGGCAUUAGAAAUAGCAAUGAUCGAACCAAGAACUCAAGUUGGAGGCGUGCAUGUUGUGUUAGAUAUGAUCGGAUUAUCUUUAAAUCAUGUAUAUCAGUUUACACCCUACUUCGCUAAGAUGGUUCUAGAUUGGGUACAGGAAUGUACUCCAGUCAGAUUAAAAGGGAUACAUGUAGUUAAUCAGCCUUACAUUUUCAACAUGCUUUACAGAAUAUUUAAGCCAUUUAUAAGGGAAAAAUUACGAAAGAGGAUUCAUUUUCAUGGGACCAACUGGAACAAUUUUACUGGAAUUCUUCCUGCAAAAAGUUUACCAGAUUAUUACGGCGGAGAAAUGGCAAUAAUGGAAUUUCCUGGACACCUGUUGGCCGAAUUAUUGUGCUUAUACAAAGAGGAUUUUGCGCUGGCUAACUCAUAUGGAUACAAUAAAGGACAUAAUGACAAAAAGAUAUGAAUUUAAAGGACAGACGCCAAAAUACAAAUACAAAGUAAUUAUUAGUUAUAAAAUUGUAUUAUAGUAGAUACAAGGAUGUAAAUAAAAUUUCUAUAGAAUGAUACAGUUAAAUAUUUUCGAGUUAAAAUGAAAUAAUGUAGGUUUUUACGGUAUAGAAAUAAUUUUUUACAUAUGUACCUGUUGCUUUUGUAAUUACUGGGAAAGGGAUGGAAAAACAAUAAGUAACUAUUUUGUAUAAAUAUUUUUAGAAGGCGCUGUAAAUAAAUACAUAGUAAGUAGA